CCAUUUUUGGAGCUGUCAGAACCAUGCCCCUAGGCCCAGCCCGAGCUUAGUUCAUUUUACUGUAGAAUGUCGCACAAGCCACAGAUGAGCUGGCAAUAGAAAUACAAAACAAAAUUUUAAGUAUUUAUUAAAAGUUAUUCCUUUUCAAAAGCAACACGCGUUAAAAACCAAAUUUGCUGUGUUACCGGUGUUAAGUGUCAACCGAGUAAUUAUUUCAUUGCGACAUCGUUUUUUUUUGUGACGCGCGAAAUCGGGAAUGCCGUCCUACAAGGAUAUUCACUUGAUGCGUGCCGGUUUCCGGCUGGCGGCCAAGAAUGGAAGCUACCGCGCCGUAGCCUCCCCAACGCUGCGUGGCUAUGCCACCAAAUGCAAGAACCCCAAGGGCGUGGUCGUUGGAAUCUAUGCCAAGGAAGGAGACAAAUCUCUCAAGACUACUAGCGGUGCAGUUCAGUUGGACGACGAGCUGGGCGGCAAGCUGAUGACCCUGAUCCGGGAGCGUGGCAUGAACGGCAAGGCCGGAAAGGGGCUGCUGUUCAGCGGAUUCGAGGGCGAGUACAGCACCGUAGCCGUUGUUGGUGUUGGACCACAGGGAGCUUCCUACAACGAGAACGAAGAGCUGGACGAGGGCAUGGAGAAUGUGCGCAUUGCUGCUGGAACCGGCGCACGUGCCCUCCAGCUCCAGGGCAUGUACGAAGUGCACGUCGACGCCAUGGACUACCCGGAGCAGGCGGCCGAGGGCGCUGCCCUGGCCGUGUGGCGCUACAACGCCAAUAAGCGCAAGAAGAACCGCACCCACACCCCCAAGCUGGACAUGUACGGCAAGGGCGAUCGCGACGCCUGGGUGCGGGGUCUGUUCAAGGCAGAGUCCCAGAAUCUGGCGCGCCGUCUGUCCGACACUCCGGCCAACAUGAUGACCCCCUCCAUCUUCGCCCAGGCCGCCGUUGACGCCCUCUGCCCUUGCGGUGUCACCGUAGAGGUCCGGUCUAUGGACUGGAUCGAGGACAUGAACCUAAACUCCUUCCUGAUGAUUGCCAAGGGAUCCUGCGAGCCGCCCCUGCUGCUGGAGUGCAGCUACUGCGGUACCGCGCCCGAGGAUCGCCCCAUACUCAUGCUGGGCCAGGGCCUGACCUUCCACAGCGGCGGUCUGUGCCUGAAGCCAAAGAAGGGUAUGGAUAAGUACCGUGGUGCCAUGGCCGGAGCCGCUGUCUGCGUGGGAGUGCUCCGCGCAGCUGCCGCCCUGUCCUUGCCUUUGAACAUCACGGCCGUAAUGCCGCUAUGCGAACACAUGCCCUCCGGCAUGGCCGUCAAGUGCGGCGAUGUGGUGACCCUUCUGAAUGGUACCACUAUGGGCAUCAAGAACGUGGGCAACGCUCCGGUCGUCCAGCUGGCCGAUCCUCUCCUGUAUGCCCAGGCCACAUUCAAGCCACGUCUCGUCGUCGACAUCGGCACCGUGGCCAUGGGCGUGAACUACGCCGUGGGCGGUGGAGCCAGCGGUCUGUGGACUACCUCGAAGUCCGUUUGGCAGAACUUCCGCAAGGCAGGCGGCCUGACUGGCGACCGCAUCUGGCGCUUCCCGCUGUUCAAGUACUACAAGCAGAUCGUGAACAACAAUAUCACCUAUGACCUCUGCAAUACCGGAAGAGGUCGUGCUAGUUCCUGCCUAGCUGCUGCUAUCCUGCACUCUCUGGUGCCCUGCGUGGACUGGGCUCAUUUGGAUAUUCGCGGCACCGGAUUGACCACCAAGGUUAAUACUCGACCCUACCUACUGAAGGACUCGAUGACCGGCCGGCCAACACGUACAGUCAUUCAAUUCAUGUACCAGAUGGCUUGCACCCAGUAACCAGAAGUAGUGUAAGAUCAGGGUUUUCCGGUUUGGAUCCCAUGUAUUCCAGAAUUUAGGUAUUUUUUUUUCGGUACGAUGUUUAAACUGUUUAAUGGCAGUGUGAGGCUCUAAUAGAAGGUUUAGUUGAUGUGCACACGCAGUAAUAAUUUUAACUAUUAAUAAUUGUUAUUUGGAAAAAUGAGUAAAUAAAUUUGUAAUUUCGA